AUGGCUUCCAUCCACUCGGCCCGCACCACCGAUCUCAAGGAGGAUGACAUAGUCACCACCGAGAACAUCCACACCAGCAUCGACUAUGUCCGCAAUGUCAACGCCAACAUUGUCAACCCCCUGGAAGGCAUCCCCAAAGACCGACUCCGCCACAAGGUCGAUGCCUUUUGCGAGUCCUGGGGCUUCCAGGACGAGCGCGAGUCGUUCCAAAAAGGCGCUUUGAUCGCGCAGGAUCCAACCGCAUUCGAGGACAUACCCGAACUGACCGACGACGACAAAUACCAUAUACGAAGGGAGACGACACACCGCUGGCAUCUUCCCAAGGACCUUUACUAUGCCAUCGCCAUCUGCUCUCUCGGAUCCGCCGUUCAGGGAUGGGACAACACGGGCGCCAACGGCGCGAAUCUGUCCUUUCCUCAGGAAUUCGGCAUUGAGCAUGAUACUUGGCUCGUCGGCGUCAUCAACAGUGCACCAGCGCUGUUUGGCCUCGCCAGUGCUUGGGCGGCUGAUCCGGUCAACAACUACCUCGGUCGACGAGGCACCAUCUUUGCUACUGGCCUCUUCUGCAUCUUCCCGGUACUCGCCCAGGCCUUCACACAGAAUUGGCAGGGUCUGCUCAUCUGUCGCAUGUUCAUGGGCUUCGGCAUGGGCAUCAAAAUCUCCACCAUCCCCGUCUACUCGGCAGAGCUGUCACCGGCCUCGAUUCGCGGCGGCAUGGUCACCAGCUUCCAGCUGUGGGUCGCGUUUGGCAUCUUCAUUGGACAGUGCUCCAACCUCGUCUUCUAUCGCAUCGGACCAAACGCAUGGCGAUUCCAGCUCGCUGCCGCUUUCGCCCCAGCCAUUCCCAUUGUCAUCUUCAUCUGGUUCUGCGUCGAGUCGCCGAGAUGGCUCAUGAAGAAGCAACGAUACGGCCAGGCCUACACCGCCCUCUGCCGUAUCCGCAACAGCAGAGUCCUUGCCGCCCGAGAGCUCUACUACGCCCACUGUCAGAUUGCAGAGGAGCGCAACGCCUUUGCUGGCGUCUCGCUCUCCCGCCGUAUGCGAGACCUCUUCGUCGUGCCACGACUCCGUCGCGCCACCAUUGCCAGCGCCGUCGUCGUCAUCGCCCAGCAAUUCAGUGGCAUCAACAUCGUCGCCUUUUACAGCUCCACCAUCUUUGCCGAAGCUGGGUACGGUAUCAGGGAUUGCCUACUAGUCUCCAUGGGCUUCGGACUCGUCACCUUCAUCUUUGCCAUUCCAGCCGUGUAUACCAUGGACACGUUCGGUCGACGCAACUUGCUGCUUUCCACCUUCCCAAACAUGGCCUGGUGUUUGUUGGCGGCUGGCUUCUGCUUCCUCAUCAACGACCAUGUCGGCGCUCGUGUUCCACUCAUCGCAACCUUUGUUUUUCUCUUUUCCGCCUUUUACGGAACAGGAAUGGGACCUCUUCCCUCCAUCUACUUCAGCGAGUCGUUCCCCCUCUCCCACCGCGAAAUUGGCGCAGCCUUCACUAUAUGCAUCAACAACGCUGUUGGCUCCAUCCUCGUUCUUACCUUUCCCUCGCUGCUGAAGAAGUUUACGCCAACGGGAGCCUUUGGCUUCUACGCCGGCCUCAACAUCCUGGCCUUUGUUCUCAUCUUCUUCCUGGUCCCCGAAACAAUGAAGCGGACGCUGGAGGAGCUCGACUUUGUCUUUGGUGUGCCCACUGCGAAACACGUCGCAUAUCAACUAAAGACCUGGCUGCCAUGGUGGGUCAAGAGAUACGUGUUUUGGCGCAAGGAUGCCAAGCUGGAACCAUUCUAUCACUCCAGGGAAGUAGUUGGCAGUGAAAGGCCGGGAUUAGUGUAG